AUGCCCUACAACACCACAGCCAUCCCUCCCCGCAAGGAGGUCACAGGCCAGCCGGCCCUGCCCCAUCCUCGCCGAUGUGGCGAUUCGACACGGCCAGCUGCUAACAGGGCGCAGGAGAUGUUCAUCCAGCACCUCGCCAACGAAGCCCACAACCAGGCCAAGCUCGACCGGAAGCCCCGCCGCAACGUGCAGUACAAGGACCUAGCCAACGCCGUCGCGCACAACGACAAUCUUGAGUUCCUCGAGGACGUCAUCCCCAAGACGACACGUACAAGAGAUCAAGGCCAGGCCCAGGCGACCCGCGCCCCGCGCUGGCGGGCACCAAGAAGUCGCGCGCCGCCGGUGCCGGUACCGGUACCCGGCACCAAUGGUGCUGCGGACACGGGGGCGCUCCGGCCCGGUGGUGGUGCCAACGGCGUCAAAUGGCACGCGUCGCGCGGCGGCCCAGGUGCGGCCUCUGCUGCUUCCGCUGCGGCCAUGGACGACCCCAGUGCGCAGCUGCAGGCCGAGAUGCGGCAGGCGGCCGGGGCGGAUCACGAUGGCGACGUCGACAUGACGGGCUAG